AUGUCUACUUACACUAUUGCUUCUUUAGAAGAAGUAUAUAACCCUGCUAGCUCUCUGGAAGAAGAAUAUGAGCUUAUAUGUCUUGCUAGUCCUUCAAAGGAAGAACAUAUAUUCACUUGCGUUUCUGAUCUUCCAGAAGAAAAUGUGUUCACUUGUGUCAUUGGUUCUUCAGAAGGAGAAAAUGA